UUAGCAACUGCGCAUGCGUGAGGCCUGUUGCGACCCUCCUGUCCAGUAGGUGGCGCUACCGGUAGGUUCCUGUAGGUGUCAGCUCCGCUACAUGUGUCAUUGACAUCAACAGAGGCACAAUGAGGCUGACCGCUCUGCUGUCGAUGGCAGCCAGGGUCAUUGUGCCCAAAGAUUACCGUUACGGCACCAACAGGCCGUGGACAGCCGCUGCUAAAAGGUUAAAUCCACCGGGGAAGAGGAGGAGGAAGGUGUUUGUUGAGCCGAUAGCGCCAGAGGAGUGGUCUGUGCUCAAAGGGGACACGGUUGAGAUUCGGAAAGGCAAUGACAAGGGAAAGCAGGGGAAAGUUAUCCAAGUCUUCAGACGCAGAAACUGGGUCAUCCUGGAGGGACUGAACACACAUCACAGGUAUAUUGGAAAAACUGCAGAUUACCGUGGGACGUACAUUGCCAGUGAGGCUCCCAUCCUGGUCCGUGAUGUUGCCCUCGUUGACCCCUCAGACAGGAAACCCACUGAGGUCGAGUGGAGGUUCACAGAAGAGGGUGAGAGAGUCCGAGUGUCGCUCAGGACGGGGAGAAUCAUCCCGAAACCAGUUGUGGAGCGACGAGAUGGCAUUGUGCCGCAGCAGUGGAAAGAUGGACCUAAAGAUACCAGUCCCGAAGAUGCUCUUGAAAAGACAUACAUACCAUCUCUGAAAACCCUGGAGGAGGAGGUCAUGGAGAAACUCGGUAUCCAGGAGAACAGGAGGCACCGAACGUCCUACUGGUACUGACCAGACAAAUCAGAGACACUUAGCCUCCCCUUUGUGCUGACCAGUUUUCACAGGAGCUCUGGACAUACCUUGUUCUGGAGUUGAGCAGAAGGUCAGGUCAAACAGAGACUGUGAAGAUACCAAGUGGAGGCUGUACGGACUCUUAACAAACUGCUGCACCAUGAAAAUGAUUAGGAAAAUGAUCCGUAAACAAUAUGAGGAAGUGAAGUCAGACUGCAGUUCACUUAGGUGUCACUUUGUUUCUUUAUAGUGUUGUGAAUAAAUGUCAGACUAAAGUGUUUGCAUUUUCAUGUGGAAAAUCACAAUCACGGGGUGCAAAGUUUAAAGAUUUCAUACAAAAAAACCCCAAUGAUCCUUGUUGCCCAUUUUAAGUUUGUGUCAAACUUGUUUGGAUACAAACCUAUGAGGUAAUAAUAUUGGUGUGUGACUAAAAAUCAGUUUAUGCAGAUUUUCAGCAGUCUAAGCUAAUGAUUAGCCAAUCGGCAUCAUGGGUGGGACAACUGAUGUUGUCGAGCUUAAAUGAAGGAUGAGUGAUAACAGAAGCACUAUCAGAGAUUUACAGUUAACAAACAGUCAGGUGAGUAAACAACACUGAGACACUUGAGAUUGAUAACGUGCGGCACGGGUGAAUCUCAGACAGAGAGACACACAAUAAGAUAAUGCAAGUCAACUUCUGCGGAUGUGUAUUUCUGUACUGAUCUCUUGCGGUAAAUGUCACAGAGUCACAGGGUCAGCUUCCUGUUUCAACAGAAAACUCUGUCUGGUGAAAUAUGUGAACAUAAGUAUAGCAUAACAUUUGAAGCAUAAUCAAAUAAAACAUUAAAAACUCCCUGACAAGCA